AUGGAUGGCGUGGCUGAGAUCUACAAGCAAUCUGAUGACAAGGUGAAGAGUGAUGUUAAGUCCAUUCUUGAUGGGCGCGACUCUUGUGCUCUUUGGCUUCCUUUGAUCAAGUCCAUCCAGGGAACCCAUGGGACAGCCCUUCACAUGAAUGAGAUGAAGGAACUGCAAUCUGAGGACUAUCGCAAAGAUUCGGCCUUCAGUGUGGCAAUCCUCACUGCUAGUGAUUUGAUCAUGAGCCCUGAGAAGUACCAGAAGGAGGAUCCAAAGUCCAGCCAUGCUGCAGCAAUUCAGUAUGGAGCAAGCCUGGGCAUCUCCAGGCAGGACUUGCCUGCCAAGCUCAGGGAGAAGCUGGAUGAGUUGCUUGGCAGGGAGAAACCAGCACAAAAGUCACAGACUGAGAACAACAAGGGCGCCAAGAGGAAGGCGACAGAGAAGAAGGGUGACAAGGCAAAGAAGCCUCGUGGAGCAGCAGAGUCGACCCGCAAGAGGAAACAAGACAAGUGA